UUGCAAUUAAAAUUGGUAUCAAUAGGUUAUUAACUAUGUACUUGACUCUGUCAUCAUAAAAUAUUAUGAGUACACAUCCUAACAGUUAACUAGUUCAAACUACAAAAAAGUUAAAUAUCUAUGCAAACUCUGCAAUUUAUGCAUUCGUAAGUGAGACGUACAGACUAUACAGUAGUGUUAUAAUAUUGUUUUACAUUCGCGCCAUUUUUUAAGUUUUGUCUUUUUAUUUGUGAAACAAAAUUGAAACAAUGCUGCGACAAUAUCUGGUGGUUAUUAUAGCAAAUCUAAGCGUACUAACAACAGGUAUGAGUACAUCAUGGCCAUCACCAAUGUUAGUGAAGCUGGUUACUGCUGGUGAAUCACCGCUGUCAAGAUCACCAACUGAUGAAGAAGUGUCUUGGAUCGUGUCUUUGGGUUUUCUAAUUGGUAUAGUUUCAAACAUCAUUGGCAGUACAUUCCUAGAUAUAAUAGGUAGAAAGUAUUGCAUUUUGGCCUGCUCGGUUCCCAAACUAGCUAUGGCCAUAAUACUGAUAUUCUCUACAGAAGUCUGGCUUGUAAUUCUGGCACGAGCUGUCAUGGUCAUGGGAGAUUGUUUUGUUCUGGUGGUCGUUCCUAUUUAUACUGCGGAAAUUGCUAGUAAAGAACUCAGAGGUGCUUUAGGAGUGUUACUCCAAGGUUUUUCUUCAUUAGGAAUAUUGAUUACAUUAUCUGUGGGACCAUUUGUUUCCUAUUAUACGUACAGUUAUAUAAUCUGUGGAGCUAUUGUAGUGGCUACUAUGCCGCUCUUAUUUCUACCUGAGACUCCGUACUAUUUGAUUUCUAAAGGUAAAACAGACGCUGCACUAGAAACCCUAACUACCCUCAGACAUUCGGAAACAGAUGCCAAAAUAGAACUAGAAGAAUAUAGAAAAUCGAUAGAAGAACACGUAGAAAUAGAUAAAAAGGCGCUUUUUAAGGACAAAACGUUUUUAAAAGCGCUAGCACUUUGUGUUCUUAUGUGCGGGGGUUCACAGCUAGUAGGAUACAAUGCUGUCAGCUUUUACUUGCAAACGAUUUUGAUCUCUGCACAAACGAAUAUAAUGCCGGAAAUCGCGUCUGUGAUAAUAAGUGUUAUUCAAGUGGUGUCUUGCUUGUCUUUGACGGUUUUGACAUCGAUCUUUCAAAGGAAACGGUUGUUGGUCAGUUCGUUGUUCGGGAUAUUUGUGGGAAUGAUGGGUUUAGGUACCUUCUUCCAAGUAAGUGGACCAGAUUAUGAAGUCACUGGAUUCAUGAACUAUUUGCCGAUAAUUUCACUUAUAUUGGUCGUAUUUUGUUAUAGUGCUGGAAUUGGAGCAUUACUAUGGCCAACAGCCACAGAACUUUUCGAAGGUCCAACACGAGCAUUUGGCACUACUUUUGGUCUUGUAUUUAGUCUCUUAACAAUAUUCCUUACAGCUAAAUAUUUUCCCAUUAUGACUGCCGCAUUUGGACCAGCGUCUACUUAUUGGUUUUUCAGCGUUUCUUGUUUCAUUAUUGGUGCAUUAAUUACGAUGUACUUACCGGAAACCAAAGAUAAAACUUUUAGAGAAAUUCAAGUGUCCUUGGGUAAAAAGGAUGAUAAGAAAUGUCCAUCUUGAGUUUGAUUUGCUGUAAAAUAUUGGACAUAAUAUUGUUGACUAUAAUUACCUUGUGUUAAAAGACUCCCAGUGUAUAAUUAUAUGUAACGUAGAAUAAGCUUAAAUAAAUGUAUAGGAUAUCGUUGUAUUAGAACGAGUGAAAGAAAGUAUUACAAAAUUUCCAUAAUGUACAAUCUAAUUAAAAAUAUUAGGACUUAAAUUAAAUUAUAAGGACUUUUAGUGACGAUUGACGAAUGACAUUGGAUGACCUAUGAAUCUUGCAACGAUUAUGUAUUAGAUUUUAAUUGAAUAUAAUACAGUUACUCAAUUAUUUUUAUUCGAAAUAAAAACUUUUAGCGUU